CAUUUUCUUGGUGGAUCCUAAGCCAUGAUGGGUUAAGUGGCCUAAUAAUUGUGUUAAGUCUGCAUGACAUUCAACUGUUCUUAAUGAUCCAGCGUAACUGUGAACGCAACUUCAGUUGUAUGUUCUAUUUUUAAAAGGAAAACAUUCCUGAAGUUGGGCCAUCCAGAGGGAGUAAACACACAACUUCAGCUGUAUGCUUAUAUAUAUAUUUAAAAGAAAGCAUUCUUAAAGUUGCCUCUCCUCAUCAAGAUCCAGAGAAAACCUUAGAUGGCUGGCUGGCAUAACUGUCUAUUCGUCUGGAUGAUGGGCACAACUGCACAAAUUUUACGUAUCAAAUUGGAGGAGAGAGGCCAAGAAACUGACCAAAUACUUAAAAACUGUCUUAUUCGUUUGCAGGAAAGAAUGAAAAAACUGUUCUUGUAUUUGUGUAGGCUUACUGGAAUCUCUUUGUUUUUUUAAGCUCAUUAUUAUUAUUGUUAUCAAAAACAAAAGCAGAGAGUCGUCCUUUGCCUCCUCGUAGUAAAAUAAAAAAGGAAGGUCUUUAGCUUUACCCAAUGACAGACCGACUGGAUUCCUAUGCGAAAGGGUCCAAACAAAAUCGCACCACCACCACCAUGAGUGGGUCGGCAUCAAGUCAAGCCAAUCACUCCAGAGAUAUACAAAAACCUGCCACGUGGGUAGCAAAUAUGAGAGGGACAGAGAGAGACCAUUAAUUCCAUUACUCUACUACGUCUAAGUAUGCUCCCAAAACCAACUAAGACUCCACCCCACCCACAGCAGAAAAUAAAAAGAAGGAUUUAAAAAUGUUUGGAAAAAGACCCACCGCAAUUUGGUAUUCAAAGCCCGCAUUCAUUCAGUGAGUGAGUGAGCAAGCGAGCGAGUUACCAACAGUAAACAGUCUUCCUCAGCAUUUGUUUAGAAAUGAAGGAUGGUGACUGACGCCAUGAAGGUGUAUAAAAUAGUUUAUGAUUUCGGUUUUCUAUUAUAAUAAUUCUUAUUAUAGACGGCCGGCCGGGCGGCCGAGGACCCAACCGCCAACAAAUAGAAGCUUCUUUCAUAAGCAAAAACAUAUUUUCCACUAAUAUUCGCAUCUCAGUGUGGGCCGGCCAGCACCACGAGUUCAGACCACUUGUGCUCCUCUCCUGCUACUUUGACUUGUAACCCAAAAAAAUAAAAAAACCAUUUUACUCACUCAACAGUUCAACCUCCCACCAAUGGCCGAGCCAACCCAGGUGGUUAUACAACCGGAUCCCCUUUGCACAUAUAUCAUCCCCCAGUUGUCUAUCACCACCAGGACUGAUAUGCAAGGCAUCAUACUAAAUCAGUAAGCAUUAAUCAGACAGAUGAAGCUCAAUGAUUGAGAGUGAAAAUUAAUAUAUAUAAAAAGCAGGCUGAGGAGAUCUGCUAGAUCAGCAGUCUCAUCCCUGCAGCUCUAUUGUUCUGUCGGUGUUCCUCUGCGCCAUACGUCUUCCUCCCACAAAUCCCACCCACAGCAAUGGGACACCCUCUAAAGCAGGCGGAGGUAGAGGUGGAGGAUUCCUUUUCAGUGAAAUCUUCUCUUGUUCCCUCUUCAAGUGCAAGGCAAAAGGGCCUCCUGACACCACUACUUCCCGAGCCCCCCCAGUACAGAAGAAGUACAAGUACCAGAAGCCUCAAAUCCAGACACAUUUAUAUGGGCUGUAGUACUGUUCCACUGCAGUGGUCAAGAAUGCACGAGGGAAUUCGAAGAAGAAGAAGAAAGGUAUUUUGUAUAACAAGUAGUAGGAGGUCCAACAACAAUGGUAGAAACAAACAGAAAACAGUCACUGAAACUGAAAGCAGUUGUCGUCUACAUCAGGAACAGCAGCAGGAGGAGGGACAAGACUUGUCAUCUAAGGAGGAGGAGGAAGAGGAGGAUGAGGAAGCUUUAACCUCAAGGGAGGAAAUUUAUCCAAUAUUAUUGAGCCAGGACAAAGUCUGCCGGGGUUUACGCUUCGAUUCUGCUCUGCAAACCAAAGCUGAUGUCCUCCUCUUAAGUCACAAGUAUCAACCCAAGCUUUUCCAAGACAUCACAGGUCAUGAGUUUACAGUUAAGGCCAUAUCUAAAGCUAUUGAAAAGGCAAAAAUUGCACGUCUUUAUCUCUUCCAUGGCCCCAAUGGCACUGGAAAGACAUCCACUGCUAGAAUUUUUGCCAUGGCACUAAACUGUGAGUCAACUUCUCUCAUUAAGCCUAAGCCGUGCUGGAGUUGUAGAGGCUGCUCAAGAAGCCUUUAUAUCAUGGAGUUGUGUUCUGGAAGUAGAAUAGCUGGAUUUGAAAGAAUUAAGACUCUCCUGCAGAGCACUUCAUUUACCCAGGCAAUUCCAGGUUUCAAAGUCCUAAUCAUUAAGGAAUGCCACUCAUUUAAUGCAGAAGCAUGGGAUGAACUUUUGGGCAUGGUGGAAAGGGGACAUGGCUCUAGAGUUGUAUUUGUCCUCAUCACUGUAGAUGCAAACAUGGUUCCCACAAACAUAUCAUCAAGAUGUCAAAAAUUCUGCUUCCCAAAACUUAAGAAGGAGGAGAUGACACUGAAGCUAGCCAAGAUUGUGGCUUGCGAGGGUAUACGAAUUGACAAGGAAGCACUGAAACUGAUAAUUGCCAAGGCGGAAGGAUCCUUGAGAGAAGCUGAGAACUUAUUGGAUCAGUUGGCCUUGCUGGGAUCAACAAUCACUAGUUCCAUGGUCCAACAGCUUGUGGGUCUUGUUCCCCAAAAUAUGCUUCUUGACUUGCUUGCAACAGCAACUUCAGGAGACACUAUCAAGACUAUUAGAUAUACAAGGGAGCUGAUCGCAACAGGUGUUGAACCGCGAGCCCUUGUGUCCCAAUUGGCAUAUCUCAUUUCAGACAUACUUUCAGGUGCUGUUGUAUCAGAUUCUUCAUCAUCAAUGAGAUCAUCCAAGGAUAAGGAUAAGAGGCUGUCGAGAAGCAGAUCAAAACUUACAAUCACUCAAUCAGAAAGAUUGUGCCAUGUGUUAAAGAUACUAGUUGAAACAGAGAAGCAACUCUGGUCCUCAACUGACCAGAAUACAAGAAUAUUGGCUGCCCUUUUAGAAAUUACUUCUGAAGAUGUCAGCAACAAAAUAUCUACAGGCAUCAUCUUGCCAAGAAGCAUAACUUCACUCCCAGGUGGCAAGCCAAAUGCAGUUUCCAAAGAUAUACACAGCCGAGGAUUAUCUGGCUGCAGCAGAAGCAACAUACAUCAUCAUCCCACCAGCAGAACUUCCAAGCAACCAGAUAUGGACAUAAUUGAACCAGGCAGCCCGACCAUUAAAAGCAUUGAUAAGAUCCAAAGAUCCAGAGGCAAAGAAGUUCAAAAGGAACCCAAUUUGGCACACAUGAGUGACAUGGAAGAAAUUUGGCAGAAUAUGCUGGGAAGAAUAGAGAGUAUAUAUAUUAAAGACUUCUUGUGCCACCAAGUGAAGCUUGCAUCGUUAACUGUAUCCAGAGCCAACAUGAUUGUACAUUUGAUGUUUAAAAGACAUGAAGACAAGAUGGCAGCCCAGAUGUCAGAAGAAAGCAUAUCCAAGGCUCUUAAAAAUGCCAUUGGGUGCCCCGUCACAGUAAACAUGAGCCUAGAACCAGUUGACUUGGAAAUCAUCAAAGCAAAUACAAUCUCUAUUAGUAGCAGCCAGUUAGUGAAUCCUUCUAAUUCGAAACAACAGCAGAGAAUACCUUUUUUGGGUGAAUUUUUUCACAAUAUGAAUUUUGAAGCUGCAGCAACGCGCCAUACUAGUACUACAACUCUGGAAUUAUCUCCUCCAUCAGAACAACACUCAAGGUCAAGGACUAUGAAAUUUAUAAACUGCACAAUGAAUCAAAGGCAACACAGAGAAGAAGGAGAAGGAGAAGAAGAAGAAGAAGAAGAAGAAGAAGAAGGAGAAGGAGAAGCAAACACAACUUGGCCCCAAAAUAUCUCCCCCUUUCUUGGACUUGUGACUCAGAAGAACCAAUUUGACACAUCUGCAGACCCUGAAAGAGAUGUCGUUCUAAAAAGUGGGCAAAACUCAAUAGACACAGCCCCCCAUAUCAUGAAAGCAAACAAGCCGAAACACAGGUGGUUGUCAUUAUCCUCAAUUCCGCAGAGUGAUGCAAGUAUAGAACCAUACAGUCAAGAUAUAUUGUUUGAAAAGACAAAUGAAAAAAGAGAAAGCAACACCAGAAAAACCCGCAAGUUCCAGAAGAAAGGCUUCUUAACGACUACUGAAGAUCGUGAUUCCCAAGGCAGUGCAACACAUCAAAAAUUGAAUCCCUCUUGGAGUUGCACCGGCAAACUCUGUCCAAGGAAGAAAAAAGGAAACAUCCUGCAAGAAGGCACUGAAAUUAAUCCUCAGCAUGGAAAUUGAAGAGUGAGAGGAAGAAGUCCAGUUGAGUGAGGGAUGGGAUUCCAUGACGCUCUGAGGGUACUUACUGAACCAUGUGCAUGAUUACUAUUAUAAUGUUUUGGAAUCGUGAAACAAGUUUUAUGUCCAGUUACAAAAUCUAAAUCUGCUUGGUUGAUGGGAUGAUUUUAUUUUAUUUGGUAGAACUUUAUACAUGUGUAUGCCUCUGUCACUGACUCAAGCAGUUGCAAAUUCAAAAAUUUUGUUGAGGGGACAAAGUACUUUUACAAUUACAAAAUUUCAUGUGACUAUAUUUCUUUAUUUUUAUCCAAACACACUCUCACUCCAAACUUCGGUCUUUCAUGCACUCAAUGAAAGUAAACCUCCAAAGAUUAAAUUCCAUGAUUUCAUGAGGUGACCAAAGACUAAUCUAUGAAU